UGGAAAGUGACCUCGCGUUGACGUGACUUGAGUAUGCAACUCCACCCAACACACACACACACACAUACAUACAUAGAAGGGAGAAGAGUCAGGGCCUAAACAUGGCGUUACAACAGAGGGGGAAGGGGAAGCGGGGGGAAGAAUGAAGACCAUGUAAACACUCACCAGACACCUCCUUCAAACCAGAGGCAGACUGUCCCUGCGAGGAUACAAGACGAGCUGGGCACUUAGAGACAGCGACAAGAGAAACAAAACAAAAAGAGAAAGUUUUGGCAAAGUUUUGCACAGGAGAGAGACUUGAGGAGGUUGUUGUGUGGUGAAGGGGAAGGAGGUGAGUUGUACGGAAGCAGGUCCGGAGAGAGUUAAACUUCUCUGCUGUCUGCCCCGGUAACUUUAGCCGCGAUCUCCUUCUCUUCGGACUUGUUCAAACAGCGAGAGGGAGCCGGGACACACAGACUGUGGGGAGACCAGAGACUUCCUGAUCGCUGCUCCGACCCGCACUAAAAGGGCAUUUCUACCAAGGCUCCGGACCAUGGCACACUCGCCAGUGCCAGUCCAAGUGCCAGGGAUGAAGAAUCACCGGGCAGAUCCUGAGAGACUGUUCACCAAACUAGAGCGGAUCGGAAAGGGGUCUUUUGGUGAAGUCUUCAAAGGAAUUGAUAACCACACACAGCAAGUAGUUGCUAUCAAAAUCAUCGACCUUGAAGAAGCUGAAGAUGAAAUUGAAGAUAUCCAACAGGAAAUAACCGUCUUAAGCCAAUGUGAUAGUCCGUAUGUAACAAAAUAUUUUGGAUCAUAUUUAAAGGGGACGAAGUUAUGGAUCAUCAUGGAAUAUUUGGGAGGUGGUUCAGCCUUGGAUUUGCUCCAAGCUGGGCCCUUUGAUGAAUUCCAAAUUGCAACCAUGCUGAAGGAAAUCCUCAAAGGCUUGGAUUAUCUGCACUCCGAGAAAAAGAUUCAUAGGGACAUUAAAGCUGCCAAUGUCUUGUUAUCGGAACAAGGUGAUGUGAAGUUGGCGGACUUUGGUGUGGCUGGUCAGCUGACUGACACGCAAAUUAAACGGGACACUUUUGUCGGUACUCCUUUCUGGAUGGCACCCGAGGUCAUUCAGCAAUCUGCUUAUGACUCCAAGGCAGACAUUUGGUCAUUGGGAAUUACAGCCAUUGAGCUGGCCAAAGGCGAGCCACCCAACUCAGACAUGCAUCCGAUGAGAGUGCUAUUUCUUAUACCCAAAAACAACCCACCAACUCUCAGUGGAGAGUUCAGCAAGUCCUUUAAGGAGUUUGUUGACGCCUGUUUGAAUAAGGACCCUUCCUUUCGUCCGACAGCCAAGGAACUGCUCAAGCACAAGUUCAUCAUUAAAAACUGCAAGAAGACCUCUUAUUUAACAGAACUAAUUGACGGGUACAAGAGGUGGAAGGCAGAAGGACACAGUGAUGAUGACUCCAGUUCGGACGAGUCAGAUUCUGGCAGCAAUGACAAGGACAACAAAAACUCCAAACCUAUCGAGUGGUCCUUCACCACAGUUCGAAAGAAACCGGACCCAAAGAAACUGCAGAAUGGAACAGACCAAGAUGUCAAGACGUUAUCGGCAUGUUUAUCGACUGUGAUUGCUCCUCUCUUUGCUGAGCUUAAGGAACAGGAAAGAGGCAAUGCAGAGAAGACUGGAGCAAUAAGUGAACUUGAGAAAAGCAUUAACAUGGUGGAAGCAAGCUGCCCAGGCAUCACAGAGAAGAUGAUAAAGAAGCUAAUAGACAGGUUUCAAAGGUUUUCAGCCACUGAUGCAUCUUAAAGACAUUACCACCGACUCGGAUUCCUUUGAAUCAGACUCAACUGCCCAUACUGAGCGACAUCUCCAGAAACAGAACUGAGGCGUUUUCUCACCUCCCUGCAACUUUGUUCUCUCUCAAAACAUUCUGAACUCCUCAAUAUUUUUAAUAAGGGGCUGCAUCAAAAAAGAACUGGCUGAAGGAAAAGGAAACGAACUCCCAGUUGACUACAGGAAUGCCUGAAAUAAUUGAUUUUAUUUUUAAACAGAGAGGAGCUUAAAUAGAAAUGUCAAAUCCUAGCACUGACCUAAGUGCCAUUCCUGAUGGUGAUGUCUGUUUAGGAAAAUGCAAAGCAUUUAUUUGACAGAAAUUCCAAUGAAACCCAACUGUGAUUAGUCAUAAUGCAGCUACAUGCCUCUCAGAAUUGAGGGGUUUGAUUGUAGAUUGGAGAAAGGUGCCCAUUACCUUGAAAAACGGGUACAGAUAUUUGAUUCCCCCUCUUUCCCCCCCCCCUCCCAAACACACACAAAAUGUCUUGUUUCUCUGUGCCCGGGCCCGGUGGAAGGUACAAAUCAUGGAAAAGAGAUGUAGUGAUUAAGAAAACCCACUCUAUCAUCUCAUCUCAUGGCAAGACCAGCCUUUGUGUGAUUUGAGUGCUUGCUCCUAUUCCUGUCACUUUGACUACUAGUAAAAUCAGUGGCUAUCUUAAACCAAGGACGUCUGUUCCCCAGAUCCUGAAAAUCUGGCAAGAGUCAAGCAACUCACUUUAUUAAGUCCGUAUUUUCUGAAUAUCUGCUUGAUCCUAUUUGAUUUGGGAUGCACCAAUUGCUGCUGUUUCUUUAUUGGAGAUAAACCCCACUGGUUUUAUUUGUAGAUUAAUAGGAAUUCACAUAGUGAUGUUUCCCAACUGUCCUGAAGGCUCCCAGGGAAUCAGUCUAAAUGGCCCUGAAAGACAACAGCUGGAGCUGCCUGAGCUUUGGAAUGUAUUCCCAAUACAUUGACCCAUUAUGUUGGCUGCUCCUCAUAACACCUUAUAGUUCAUUACUUGGUAUCAGUUUAGAUAUCCUGUUGAAGACUAAAGUAAAUUUUAAAUAGAAAUGAAACAUUGCUACAAAAAAAAAUCAUUGCCAAAGCUUUGUUUCUCGUCUAACACCUUUUCAGGACAGAUACAAGAAUAUUAAAAUUCAAAGGGAACAGCAAUUUAGACGGUAUGAGUAACGGGUGCUAAUUUGUUGCCAAGUUGAUUCUGAUUGGCUGAAGCGUUAAUGGAGAAUGUACUGAGGAGCUAUUGCACCCCUCCUCCCAUGAGCCCUCCUGCUUCCCCCCCCCCCCACUUUCCCACACCCUUCCUCCUC